UAUGAAUACCAUUGCUGUGACUUUCCCAUCAAAUUGCCUGUCGAUUCCGACUCUCUGCGCAAGCGAGAGAAUUACUUUCGAGUCGGAUAGCGGUCGAACUCGAAUGUCGUGUCACGCAAGGCUGUAGAGACCGCAAAGAAUCGACGGUUUGUGUGUUGGUGCAUGUGGGAGCAUGACGUCUAGGCCACCAGUUUCGAAUGGAUGUGCGGUUUAUCAUUCCUCAUUAGAAGACAGCAGGUCACCAGCAGACAGUGAAGGCAGUGAUGACCAGUUCUUCGACAUGCUAGCGCAGUUACAGGACGACCGACUGGAUGAUCAGAGGUGUGGACUGCCAGACAAGAGCGAAGGUGAACGCAGCGGGGAGCAGACAAGUGUGCCGAUGGUGAUUCUGCCAGAGAAGGGAUAUUGGUGUGAUGGGUGGACGGACGGUCAGUUGACUGAUGUGGACAGUAAGAGGAGAGUGGCUGAUCUGAGGAAUUCGGAUUGGGAGAUCAAGAGGGAAGGAGCUCCUAUGUAUUACAGAAUGCAUUUCAUGAAUAAGGAUCAUGAAAACUACUAUUGUGAAGAUGAAAAGCUAGGACCUGUACUUAUGUCACUGCGAUGCGAACUAAGUAGCAAUCAAUUAGGAAACACUACAGAAAGCUGGGAAGAAUACAGAGUAAUCGUACGGACGUCGUUCGAGACAAAGUGCCAGAUUCUGUCGUCGGCAAAAUUUGCUUCAUCAGAUCCGAGAGCCGAAGAGAUUGCUAAGAUGGUGUUAGAGCAACCCAGCAUUUCGAGAAUGCAUCCUGCAACAUCAGAACAGGCACCUGACAUUAUUGCUCAGUUUGAUGAACACGGAAUGCAAUCAAAGCACAAGUUUGGCAUUGUAUUUCAACGUGUCGGGCAAACGACAGAAGAGGAGAUGUUUGGUAAUGAGAACCAUGGAGCCGCAAUGGAAGAAUUUCUCGACUUGCUGGGUGAACAAGUACAACUGCAAGGAUUCAGAGGAUAUGCAGGUGGAUUGGAUAUAAAGAAUGGUACCACAGGAGACAUGUCUGUUUACACAACCUUCCAAGAUCGAGAAAUUAUGUUUCAUGUGUCGACUCUGUUGCCGUUUAAAGAGAAAGGCGACAAUCAACAACUGGAGAGGAAACGACAUAUUGGCAAUGAUAUUGUUGCUAUCGUCUUUCAAAAUGAUGAAACUCCAUUUAUUGCUGGCUCGAUCACAUCACAGUUUCUUCAGGCGGUCGUCAUUGUCCAGGUAGUGGAACCUGUUAGCGACUUCACGAGAUACAAGCUCUCUGUUGUGGCAAAGGAUGGAGUGUCAAACUUUGGUCCAACCAUACCUGAAACUAGUGUCUUUAGAAAGGAUGAACACUUUCGUUCUUGGUUGUUGACAAAAAUGGUGAAUGCUGAAACUGCAGCAAAAGAGACACCCCAGUUUACAAAACUUCAACUCAGAACUAGAACAACACUCCUCCAGAAUUUAGUAGCCAAACUUAAAGAGAUUGAGGAGAGCGACGAAGAUAUUGGAGAAUACGGACGUCUGGUGUCUAAAGUUGGAUCAUCACCAUCUCUUGGUUCUAAGAAACAACGCCACUCGAUAGACACAGGUGUACUUAGUCACAGUCGGAGUGUGUCUUUGUUUGCUGCAACUGAAAGUCAUGACCUUGUUAUGAGACGACAGAGAAGUGGUGACUCGCCAUUGAGACCACAUGUAUAUAAACCGUUGUAUGCAGAUCCGGGACAGGAGAGUGUAGAUGACGAUGUUUCUCAAUUGAAACGAGAACAGAGCAAGAUAAGACGACAGCACUUGCUGAAUCGUGUUCAACACUCGCUGCACAGCUACCAAAAGUACGACUCGUCUACACUUCCUGCCGGAAUGAAGUUACAUUCCCAAUCGAGUUCGUUGUGGAAAAAAAGCGUUUCAAGCUCACAACUGCCUAGCAGUGACAAUUCGUCGACGGAAGACUCUCCUAUCGGGUCACUGUCUUCUGUCGGAAUUCAGCCGGUUGCUAUGGACAGUUCUGGAUUUGUUAUGCAUUCGGCUGAAUCGGGAAUGAGCAGAGGCAAGAGACAUAGUUAUGCAGAGGGAAAGUAUGGUACUACGUCAUCUGCUUCUAGUUUGGGCAUGUCGAAUCAUAGUCCGUUGUCAGAGUCGGAAGAAGAUAAUCUAUUAAGAAUGAUCGAAGCUCUUCAACGAGAAGUGGACAAACUGCGAGAGGAAAGACUUCGACUGUUGCGAGAGACAGUGACCCUCAAACGUGAGAAUACCGACUUGAAGAAGCGCGAUCUCGAGCGGGAUAAGGAACUGCGAGCAGCGUACGACGAGCUCAGUCAGUUGCGGUCGGAAAUGGCAAGCCUACGAGGCGAGGCUACAUCCGACGGGCGCGACGCACAUGCCAGCAGCAGCAGCAACGCACUAUGGGCUCGGUCUCAGCGCUCGAAAUCGGCCGACCCUCUCAUCAGUCGCUAUCAGCCGGCCGCCGGCUCACGUGAUCCACACCGGUUUGACGCGUUACUUGGCAGAGGAGGCACGCGAAGUGGCGGCAGCAAUUCGAGUGGGUUAAAACGUAUCUCCCUGUCGGAUCUGGAAGGAGAGACGACAUACUUGUGACCGUCAAACUGUACGCUUUGGUCGACUAUAUGAGUGUAUACGUAGGGAGAAAAAAACGGGUUAUGAGGGUAUACGUUACUGUAGGUAAGAUAUCCGAUUUUUGUACACGAACUCCGAAGUAAUUGAGAUUCAGGUAUCUAA